AUGGAGAGAGUUUUCUGCUACUUCAUUUCUGCCCUUCUGUUGGCUACUUCUAUGUUAGCUAGCUUUUCCCUAGCCAAGACCAACAUCAGCACUGAUACAAUGGCCCUCCUUGAAUUGAAAGAUCAUAUAACUUCAGAUCCUUACUCUAUCUUAGCCAAAAAUUGGUCCAUUUCUUCAUCUGUUUGUAACUGGAUUGGUGUCACUUGCAGCUAUACUCAUCACCACAGAGUAAGAGCCUUAAAUAUUUCGAACAUGGGUCUUGCAGGAAGUAUCCCUUCCAAUCUUGGAAACCUGUCCUUUCUUGUUUCUCUUGACAUGGGAAAUAAUUCCUUUCAUGGCCAUUUGCCAGAAGGGAUGGCUCAUUUGCGUCGAAUCAGAUUUAUUUCUUUAAGCCACAACAAUUUCACGGGAGAAAUUCCGUCAUGGUUUGGUUUCUUGGAGAAACUUCAACACCUCUCAUUAAGAAACAACUCUUUUACUGGCUUUCUCCCUCCUCCUCUCUUCAAUAUCUCCGGUUUGGGAGUCAUAGAUUUUUCAGAGAACAACUUGUCUGGCAUUAUUCCUGUUGACAUGUGCAACAAUCUUCCGAGUCUCAAAAGGCUUCUAGUUUCUUCAAAUAAGUUGAAUGGUCAAAUACUAUCCGGUAUAUCCAAAUGCUGGAGACUCGAGGUAUUAUCACUGUCAAAUAACGAGUUUAGCGGACGCAUCCCUAGAGAAGUUGGGAACUUACAAAUGCUGGAGGAGCUGUAUCUGGGCGGGAACAACUUGGGAGGUAAUAUUCCAAAAGAGAUAACUAGUCUUCCCAAUUUGAGAACUUUUUCGGUAUUAAGCAGCAAUCUUGUGGGCAUCAUACCAGCAAGCAUGUUCAACAUGUCAAAGCUGCAAUAUCUACAUCUCGGUAACAAUAGCCUAACCGGUACUCUUCCAGAAAAUUUGUGCGACAAUCUUCCCAAGAUUGAAUUCCUUUACCUAAUCAAGAACAAACUACACGGUCAGAUUCCAAGCAACAUAGGUAAAUGCUCAUCACUUCGAGAAUUGUCAUUGGCCCGCAACAGAUUCACCGGUUUCAUACCACAGGAGUUUGGGAAUUUAACUAUUCUUGAGGGUCUAGAUAUUAGCGUCAAUAACUUGACAGGAGAAAUACCAAAAGAGAUUGGCAAUUUAACUAUGAUACAGAACCUAUAUCUUUAUGAGAACAACUUGACAGGUUUCAUUCCACAAGAAAUGGGCAAACUUUCCAAGUUGGAGAGCCUUGACUUGGAAUUAAAUAGGUUAGGUGGACCGAUCCCUGCUUGGAUUUUCAACAUCUCAACAAUUCAGUUUCUGUCACUUUCAGCCAAUAGUUUUUUUGGCAGUCUUCCGCCAAAUAUGUGUCAUGUGUUGAAAAAUUUGCAAGGGCUUUAUCUUGCUGGGAAUUAUUUGAGUGGAAAUAUACCUAUGUCUAUCUCAAAUUGUUCAAGACUAACUAUCAUAACCCUUCUUAGUAAUGAAUUCACUGGUUCAAUUCCUGAUUCUCUUGGCAAUUUAAGACAACUCAAUGUUCUACAGCUAUCGGACAACAAGUUGACAAGUGAAUCUUCAUCUCAAGAAUUGAGCCUUUUUAGUUCCCUUGCAAAUUGCAUGCUCAUAAGACAUAUUUCGUUGGAACGAAAUCCAUUGAAUGGCGUCCUUCCAAAUUCCCUCGGGAACCUUUCUAGCUCCAUUGAAAUAAUAUAUGCAUUUGGCAGUGGAAUCAUGGGAAGCAUUCCAGGCAGCAUUGGCAAUUUAAGCAAUUUGAUAGCAUUAAGGCUAGACAACAAUCAGUUGACUGGGUCCAUUCCCACUUCUGUGAAAGGAUUGGGAAAGCUUCAAGGCUUAUAUCUCCACAACAACAUCAUCACUGGAACUCUUUCUACUGAUCUCUGCAACUUGCGUAUGUUGAACGAUUUUAAUAUAAGCCAGAAUCAAAUUUCAGGUUCAAUUCCAGGAUGUUUAGGCAACAUUACAUCCAUCAGGUCUGCCACUGUUAGUGUCACAGAUCAAAGUUAA